GGCGGCAGUGUCUCGUUCGACAGCAUCUCCCUCACCUGCAUGACCCCGCACAGCCUUCUUAUUCGACCAAGGCUGCAAGAUAGGCUGACUUCCACAAGGCAAUUCUAACCGGGCUGAGACCAGGUCUCUUAUCUUUACGAAUACACCGCUCUGACAACCUGAUCAAUGCUCGACCUACUGCAUGCACAGCACUGCCGCAAGUCUCUGAAAAGCCGGCGGGUUUUCGUUGUUCGCUUCCGAGAAAGUAUCCAGGCUCACGUUCCUACCCAACAGUUUCAUGCCCUGCCACGAGGCGGACUUUCAAAAAAGUCGAGAAGAAUUAAUCGCAAGAUUGUAAACUGUUCAGAAUGCUGACCGAUAUUGAACUUGGUGAGAGGAGGGUGGACAGGAGAGUGUCGUUUAUUGAUCGGAUGACACCAACAAGAGGCUCAAAAACAUCUCCGCGGACUAACACAUUCGCUACAAUCGCCGGCGCAAGAGAUCGGACUGUAGAAGCGUCCCUCUCAGCACUCACGGAUGACGAAAGACAACGACAAGAUUGCCUCUUAGCUCUGAUCGUAGGAGACAAUCUCAUCAAAGGUUCGCUGGCAGAUGCAUGCAUAUGGUAUUCGAGAUUUCUGCGGCACAAACUCAUAAGUCACUGGCAUCUACUGGCACCAACACUUGUCGGCCUGGAUGAUGACUCGACUGGACCGAGACAAGGGGACCUCGUUGUAGCCUUUAACUUCGCAAUCACAGUCGCGCGACUGCUGAAAACACAAUCGAAUCUGGCACUUGCCGAAAUUGUUGAUGGGUUGGAAAACGAGCAGCAGUUGAAACAGCAAUUAGACUCGGAGCGUGCGCUACACAACCAGGCAGUAUUUGCGGUAACAGGAUGGCUAACCAUGAUUUAUGAAGCUGUAAACAAGCCCGAAGCAGACAAGUUGGAAAUAACCAGGACGAGCACUGCCUCGUCUGGCCGAACACACCCCUUGACAACAAGAAAAAUCCGAAGUCACUCUCAAGGGUUUGAUCACGUCGAUCGGUCUCUGGAGUAUUUACUUUCCAAAUUUGGGGACCUCAUCCCUGGACCCAAAGUAUCCAGUCUGGCGGAACUGGGUGAGGCGACUGAAUUGGCAUCGGAGGCAAUCAAUGUCCAAACUCUGUGUUUCCAUCAUCUCAACACGGUAGUCGAAAUCAAGAUUGAAUGGGUCACAUCACAUGCAUUGCACUUGGAAUUCGACAGUGGGAGAAAGACCCUCAAGCUAUUCCAAUACCCCUCCUUCGCUCGACUGAUGAGCGAAGCGGAGAAAAAUGGAUUGUUAUCGAAAAUCUUCAACGACCACGCCGCCGCAAAUUGUGAGGAUGUUCAGACACCAGAGGUCCCAGCAUCCGAGUACUUCGAAGAAAUCCUGCUCUCAUACCGCCUGAUCUUCGGCCUCGACGAGAAAUCCUGGCGAUCCUUUUCACGAAUCAUGACUGCGAUGGAAGAGCAAGAAGUGCCUGGCGAUCUUCCAUUCGUUUGGGAUCCACUGCUCCAGGUUCUCUGCGGCAAGAGUGCCACCUCCGAAGAAGCGCAGCGCAUCUAUGAUGACAUCGAAGCCAGCGAGCCAGCGAAGACAUAUCCUUACACCGAAUUUCCAUUCUUCAGCAAGCGACUCAUUGCGCUACAAGACUUCGUCAAACAACAUCAGCCACAGAAUGUCAGGUCUCUUCUCAACGAUAAACGGGAUGUUGCUGCGUGGUACACGCUGUGGAGUAAUCAGGUAUGCCACCUUUUACUCUCCCUUGAACCUCUUUGAAGCCAGCACUAACUCUUGGCUCACAGCUUCUUGUCUUCUUCGCAACCUUCACCAUUUUCUUGAUGGUACUCUCUCUUAUAUUCCAGAUAUGGCAAGUCAUGCUUGCGAAACAGCAGUUGGACCAGGGAAGUCAUUAGGCUGUUCCUCUGCCUCUUUAGCGAUCUUGGGGGUCCACUUUCAGGGCAUGCUCGCUUCAACACAGCGCUCGGUUGGCGAGUCCCUAGCGUGAAAUCCCUGUAAUGACAGGGCCCGGUAUCCUGUAAGGUGGAGCUGGGAUUUUCCACUCUGAUGUCUGGUCCAUGACAUGAUUCUCCGACAAUAACUUCGGGUUUGAUUUUGGGGUUAUGUAAGGGCGACGAAUCUAUUGUUCUUUGUACAGAACCUAAACUAGCAUAAAAUGAUGAUUGGGAGGUUAAUAAAAGUCAUAUCUUAUC